GUUCAGCCGACGGCUAAUUACGGCGACAAGCGCGAGCUUUUGUUGCACAGUCCAUUGCUAAUUCUGCGAGUUUGUCAGCAGGAUGGCGAGCAUCCAGCGGAACGAGAACCCCGAAGGAGUCUAUGAAGUGCUGGAACGCAUUGGAGAAGGAUCCUACGGCAAAGUGUAUAAAGCUGUGAACAAGUCGAAUGCCGAGGUUGUGGCGCUCAAGGUGGUGCCUGUGGAGAGUGAAGACCGCGCUGCAUUUGACGAAUUGACACGUGAGAUCCGCAUUUUAGAACGAUGCGAGUCUCCUUUUGUAGUACACUACCGUGGCAGCUUCUCGUACGAGUCUCAGCUCUGGAUUGCCAUGGAAUUCUGCGCCGCUGGUUCGCUCGCUGACCUGCAUGUGCUGCGUGGACGUCGCGUGUUGAGCGAACCGGAGAUUGCUGCCGUCUGUGCUAAUGUAGCGCUAGGACUCGCUCACUUACACUCUCAAGGUCUCAUCCAUCGAGACAUUAAAGCUGGUAACUUGCUACUUAACGGCGACGGUGUAGCCAAGUUGGCGGACUUCGGUGUGUCCGCACAGCUCACAGCCACUGUUGGUAAGCGCCGUACAGUCAUCGGAACGCCCUUCUGGAUGGCACCAGAGGUGAUUCAAGAAGCUCAUUACGAUUGUAAGGUAGACCUCUGGUCACUGGGUAUUACUGCACUAGAAUUGGCUGAAGGUGAGCCUCCACUCGCGCAUAUGCAUCCGAUGCGUGCCAUCUUUUUGAUCCCUAACCGAGCACCGCCCGAGCUUCGUGAGCCUAACAAAUACUCGACUGAAUUCCGAGACUUUAUCGCUGUGUGUUUAAAGAAAGACCCGCAGGAACGAGCGUCAGCGGACGAAUUGCUGCGUCAUCCGUUCAUCGCUCGUAGCGUAGAGCGACUACGUGCGAAUUCGGGUCGUGCUGGUAAUGGAGGGAGGAUGGCAGGGCUGCCGGUUCUUCAGGAGCUGGUAGAACAGAGCUUGGAGCUGGUGCAUGAAGCUCGACUACGGGGCGCAGAGGAUGAAGCGGAGUUCCGUGACGCUGCUACUGGUCGUCCUGAUGGUUCGCUGUCGGUUGCAGAUCUCAGUACUAUGCUACGCAACGGAUCCCUCCUUAACGGCACGGGAGGAUUCGGUGGCUUUGGGGGCUCCGACACGGCUGUAGGCUUUUCAUCUAUGCGACUGAAUGGCUUUGGAGGGACCACAGUGUUCUCUAAUGCAGGGGGUGAAGACGGGUGUGGUACGAUGGUGUAUCGAGGUGACGAUAACAAGUCAACUAACUCUACAAUGGAGAGCACAAGCUCGGAAACUCGUGAGCGCGAGAUCACGUCCAGUGAUCUGUACGGUACAAUGAUCCCCAUUUCUGCCUCAGGAACUGUGCGUCCACCUCCAGCUCCUGUGGCUCCUGUCUCGAACUCGAGAACUAGCAGUCGCAGUAGUCGCGAGAGCAGCCAAGGAGAAACGACGAAGCCCGAAGCAGAAAGCAACGAGCCGUCUUUCAUGAAAUAUUUCCGACGAAUUACGUCUUCCUCUUCCAAGUCGGGUACAAUUCGUGCUGCUGGAGCUACAGAGGCUUCACUGCGCACAGUGCAGCAGAAACUACGUCAACUUGAGGAAGACUAUGAACGCGAUCGCGAGGAACUCGCUCGACGCUUUGAGAAGCAGAAGGCCGAGCUGGAACGCGAGCUCGAGAGCUUGGGGUUCACUAGUUAAAGAAAAAGCAACAAUUUCGACGAAUAACACAAAAUAAAAUAUAUUAUGCAAGAA